AUGAAGCCGAAGAAGAACAAAGAGAUGGCCGUUAAAGCUUCCUCAAGAUCAAUAUCUGCAACAGAGGCACUGGUUGUCCACCUGAUUUGUGGCUUAGGAUUAACUUUAGCUUUCUGGGUGGCCCACAAUGUCCACUCCGUCAACCUCACCACCCAUCCUUCUCAUACCCUUCGUCUGAUCUGCGUUUUUGAGUGCCCAAUUGUGAUCCUUCUUUACAGCCGAUACAGGAAGGACCGUGAACGAUGCUCCUAUUUGAAAGCUGUAGGACGUGGCCUACUGGGACUUCCUGCUGGGGCUCUGGUAAAUGCAUUGGGAGCAAUUGCCUUGGGCGCACCCGCUGGAAUCCAGUAUCUACCAAAGACCAUUAACUGGUCUCUAGUGAUGUCAUUGUUCACUAUUGUGCCUGCAGCUUCUGUUUUUGGUUCAUCAUGGAUGGAUUGGCAACGCAUAUUUGCAUGUACAAAAGCUAUUGACCCUGUAGAUUAUAUGAUUUGUAUACCAGCACAUGGAGUUAUUAUUGGUGCUUGGUUUGGAGCUUUUCCAAUGCCGCUUGACUGGGAACGCCCAUGGCAGGAAUGGCCCAUUUGUGUGAGUUAUGGAGCUAUUGCUGGGUACCUGGUUGCAAUGGUGGCAUCAUUUGGCUUUAUACUUAUGAGGCAGCAUGUCAAAGGAGACUAA